AUGGAUCGCCCAGUCGGACCUCCCGUCGAGGUCAAACAGGCCCUCCCACCGCCUCGCACCACAUUCACAGGUCACUCCGUCCAGCUGGAGCCAUUGCGAUCCAGCCACAUCGACGACCUAUACCCGAUCAUUGGACAACCCGAGCAAGCAGCCCUAUGGACGUACAUCAACCAGGGUCCCUUCUCAGACAAGGCUUCUUUCACGGAGGUAAUCACCUUUUUCGCGGAGUCCAAUGAUCCCGUCUUCUACGCCCUCAUCGACCCAACUACAAACAAAGCCAUCGGCUUCUUCAGCCUGCUGCGCAUCGAUCUCACCAACCGCGUCGUCGAGCUUGGCUAUAUCGUCUUCUCCUCGCUCUUGCAGCGCACGACGGCGGCGACGGAGGCCGUUUAUCUGGUCGCCCGGGCCGUGUUCGAGGACCUGGGCUAUCGGCGUUUUGAGUGGAAGUGCGAUAAUAUGAAUGCGCCGUCCAAGAAAGCCGCGGCGCGGUUCGGAUUUAUGGCGGAGGGGGUCUUCCGCCAGCAUUUGAUUGUGAAGGGGAGGAAUCGCGAUACGGCUUGGUUCUCGAUCUUGGACUCGGAGUGGCCGGUGUUGAAAACGGCUUUUGAGAAGUGGUUGGACCCGGCUAAUUUUGAUGCGCAAGGGAAGCAGCUUCGCUCGUUGAUUGAUAUUCGUGGGGAAGAGCAGAGCACAAGAGGCUAG